AUGCACUCCUUGAUGCGACAUCUGAAGGGAGAGAACGAUGAGCCCGAACCCGAACAGCAGACAUCUGACCCGCCUGUCAAGAGAAGUCGAGUAACAGUCAAACCUCCACCCAAAGAUCCGAAUAUACCAAGGAAGCGACUCCAAAUCAACAAGAAAUGCCUCUAUGAGCGCCGGUUACCUGGGAACGCGUACAUCUCCGCCCAUGUUAAUCGACUUCAACACGGCUACUACAGGUCGAACGCACUUCACGAACCCGACAUUAACAACCUCUUCUUCGUGUCGGUACACUUUGUCUUCCAUCCCCAUGACCCAGAGUCGCACCGUUUCAAAAGCGCCGAAAUUGAAGUCACCGUUCAUGGCGACGACGGUGACCCCAACACGCCCCGGAAGCCAGGCGCGUCGCAUCCACGGAUCCUGAAGCAUGCACCAGAGCUGAUGUUCGGAUCUGUGUCGCCAGAGAACCUGCAGUGGAACUUCAGCUUAUCGAGCUCCUUAGGCGUAUCGCAGGCGCCCGUAUCUGCUUCGCUGAACCCGAAAGCAGCUAUGAAGAGCAGCUACAAAGUCUUCCACAUGAUGAGCAUCCAAGGAUCGGUGCGAUCGAAGCGAAGCCCACACGGAUCAGAGUACGAUGUCGAAGACGCCAAGGCCGUCUGGACACUCACGGAGAACAUGCUCCAAAAAUCAGGCUUGCCACGAGAAUUCGACUUCGUCCUACUUGUGCAGAAGCCGGAAGAUUGCGAGAAUAUAUACAUGUCAGUCGACCUGAACGCGGAUGUCGGAGCCUGGUACGGCACAUAUCCCCAGUGGUACACGAAUCUCUCCAAGUAUAUGCCGAAUCAAGAUUGCAUGCUCAGCUUCGAACAUGACAUUGGGCAGAGGUUCCUUCCAAGCCGGCCAGGACAUGGUUUCAACUUCGCCAAACUCAUGCAUACGUUGGAUGAAUAUGUCAUGAUGCCAGGAACUGUGUAUCCAACACGCGGUACGCGACAAGGCGAGAUCAACAACCCGAAUCUGAUAGGAUAUGAAGCAGCCGAUGAUGGGAAAGCCAUCAAAGCUGCUUCGGCGUCGCCCCAACCUAAGAAGCCUGCCACGCCUCCAAGCAAGAGCAAGUCGCCCCAGGGAGAUUCAGAUCGACAGCAUCGCCAUAGUUCGGUGCCAGAGAACGUGAACAUCCGUGUUGUGCUGGAGCAUCAGUAUCCGCAAGGGGUUGACCCGCGACGCUUCUCGUACUCUCCUCUCAGCAACUUGGAGCCUGUGCGGUACCCGUCAAUACGGCGGAGAAAGUCAAGGACGGGAUUGAAGGAAUACGGUGCGAAGCAAGCCUUGCAUGAGCUUGCCCAAGAUAUAUCAGAAGAUAAAGGCGAUAGAUCGCGUGGCGGAGAUAGACUCAGUGGAGCUACAGUAAUGUGA